AAAGAAACGAAGGACGAACGGGAAUGAGAGAAAAGAAAAAGGGCGCGAGAUACAGAAGAGGGGGUGAGUCGGUUCAGUGAGUCAAGCGACCGAGUCAAAUUAUCUAAAAAUCCAAAAUCCCCAACUUCGCAGCCCACAUCCAAAAGGAAAGCACAACAGGAGGGUGUGGCAAUAGCCAAAAAAUGGUGAACGAGGAGAUGAUUGUAUUUGUUACCACACCAUCCGUCCAUCCUUCUCUAACCCUAAAACCUCUUUAUCCUUAUAACCCUUCUCUUCCUUUCUUUUUCCCCCCCUCUACGAAAAUCAUUAUACUCUUCUUUCACAUCAUCACCGAACCUAUUUACCUUAGUCUCUCUUCUUUUCUCUCUUUCCCCCCUUCCUCUCCUUUUUUAUUUUCCCUUCUCUUUUGUGGGUUCCUGGGUUUCUUCUUUAUUGCCAUCUCUAGGAGGAUUAGUGAUCUUGUUGGAGCAUCCUUCUGGGCAAGAUAGCUAAUAACGAUUUUAUCACCAUGGAAGAGUUUUCUGGUAUUCGUCUUAAUGGUGUGAACAAUGCUGUGAAGAAGAAGAGGAGUCGGCCUUGUCGUAGGCCUCAUCCUGAUUCACAGUCUUUUUCUGAAAGUCAAGAUCACUUGCCUUUGUCAUCAACACCGCCAUCAGAUGAUGUGAGCAAGGUCUCUAGCAAUGAGAGUGCUGGUGGUGAUGCUAAUUCAAAGCGGAAAGAAGCCAAUCUUAAUCAAUAUGUUUCUAAGAUUUCUCCUGAUACUGGUUUUGAAGUUGAGAAAACUCAUAAAAGAAAGAAAGAAGACAGAGGGUUCAAUGCGUUUUAUGACAAUGAGCCUGGGCGAAGUGGGUCAAAUAGUAAGCGUUCUAGCAAGGGUGUACUUGCUCCUGCUAACUGGAAAAGCACAAGCAAGGGGAAGGAGUGGUCGGAAUUAGAGUCGAAGGAUGCUGAGAUUCAGAGUUCAGUGCAAGCUGUUACUGAUAGUAAUGAAAGCAAGGUUAAAAAGGUUAAACUCAAGGUUGGAGGAGUCAUGCGCACAAUUCAUGCCAACUUGGCAGCUAAUGGGUUGCCAGAAACCGUGUCUUCUGCGAGGAAGAACAAUCUCCAGGGAAGUACCAAUGAUGGGCACUCGCCUACUGAUAGGAGUGGUUUGCAAGGCGUACCCUGGAAAGAUUUCUCCAAAGGUGGAUUUGGUUUUGUGAAAGAGGAUUCUUUGGUGGGAAGGACUUCUGGAAAGAAUAUCUCUGGUAAACUAGGAGACCAUGCUGGCACGGUUCGUAAAAGCAAGCGGGUCCCUAACAGACGUCUACUUGAUGGGGAAUUCAGUGAAGAUGACAAUGAUGAUGAGAUCCGCUACAUGGAAAAACUUAGGACUUCAAAGAUUAGUCCAGAAUAUAAGGAAGAUGAAUCUAGUAAGAAACAGAAAAAGAUCUCUACGGUUUCCAACAUAGAAAAUUUUGGCAUGUCAAGGUCGGCCAAAAAUGAGAAAAGGAAGCAUAAAUCAGACAAGGUAUCUGAGGAUACCGACUAUGAGGAGGAAGAUGAAUUAGUAUCUGAUACUGAGCUUCAAGGUAAGAAGAAAAAGAAGCAGAGAAAAGAGCCUGUUGACACAUCAAUGGAGAGUAAGAGGGAAAUAACUCUCACAACACGUCAACGUGCUCUUCAAUCAAGCAAAGAUACGCCUUCUGCACCUGGUUCAAGCUUAGUUGAGUUUCCAAACGGUUUACCGCCUGCACCAUCAAGAAAGCAAAAGGAGAAACUCUCAGAAGUGGAGCAGCAGCUAAAGAAGGCGGAGGCUGCUCAGAGAAGAAGGAUGCAACUUGAAAAGGCCAACAGGGAAUCUGAGGCUGAGGCUAUUAGAAAAAUACUUGGCCAAGACUCCAGUAGGAAGAAGCGGGAAGAAAAGAUAAAAAAGCGUCAAGAAGAUUUGGCACAGGAAAAGGCUGUUAAUGAAGAGAUGCUUGCAUCAAAUACCAUCAGAUUGGUCAUGGGUCCUGCAGGAACAACAGUGACAUUUCCCAGGGAUUUGGGUUUCCCUACUAUAUUUGAUUCCAAACCCUUGAGUUACCCGCCGCCUCGUGAAAAGUGUGCGGGUCCAUCAUGCGCUAACCCAUACAAAUAUCGAGAUUCGAAGUCGAAGCUACCUCUUUGUAGUCUGCAGUGCUACAAGGCGAUUCAACAGCAUCUGACCUGCUAGUCUUGCUGAAAAUCAAGCUCUGCCCUCUUGUGCAUGUGGUAAACUCUGCACAUUUAUAUUCAUUUCAUCUCAGGGACUGAUUAAAAAUUGGGCUAAAUGUCUCCCCCUUUUUGGAGUUGAUAUUAAUGUAAUUAUUUUAGGUACAAAAAAUUAGUUUACUGAGUUUGUUUCCUGAGGGUCGAUCUGGGAAUUGACCCCAUGCUCAUUGCUCAACUCUCUUUUGCAAUGGCAUCUUUAUGGGCAAAUGACCACUUGGUUCAACAUUGCAACUGGCCACUUCAUAUUUCGUCUUUCUAAACUAAUUUUAUCAGAUUUAUCGCUUUGUUUGUGACGAUCUAUUU